AAGAUGUAUCUCGACGCGACCAGUAGGCAGUAGAGCCGUUACGCGGCAACCUCUCGCGAGUCGCGACUCCCACCCACGGUCCCACCAGGCCGCCGGCAUCAGCGCUCAGCGGCGGAGUCUUCUACUUUGCGGGCUUGCGGCGGUGGAUGGCGUCGGCGUCGGGUUCGGGGGCUCCAGAGGGGCCGGAGGCGCUCCGCCGCCGCCGCAUCCUCUCCAGCCGGCUCUACCUCGACGACGUCCCGAGCUCCAGCUCCAAGGCGCCCGUGGUCUACUCGCCGGCGUACGACAUCUCGUUCAACGGGAUGGAGAAGCAGCACCCGUUUGAUUCGUCGAAGUGGGGCCGCGUGCGCAACUCCCUUGAGGACGCGGGGCUCCUCCAGAGCGACCGGAUCGUCGAGCCGCUGGAGGCCUCGGAGGAUGAUCUGCUCGUGGUGCACUCGGAGUCAUACUUGAACAGCCUUGAGAGCAGCGAGAAGGUUGCCCGCAUUGUAGAGGUUCCAGCAGUGGCGCUGCUCCCUAACUUGCUUGUUCAGCAAAAACUUCUUUAUCCAUUCCGGAAGCAGGUGGGUGGCUCUGUUUUAUCAGCCAAACUCGCACUAGAAAAGGGAUGGGCUAUAAACAUUGGAGGAGGCUUCCAUCACUGUUCGGCGCAGGAAGGGGGUGGAUUUUGUGCAUAUGCUGAUAUUUCCCUGUGCAUCAAUUUUGCUUUCAUUCGUUUAAAUAUCUCAAGAGUAAUGAUCAUUGAUCUAGAUGCUCACCAAGGAAAUGGUCAUGAAAAAGACUUCGGCAGUGAUGGAAGGGUUUACACUUUGGACAUGUACAAUUCUGGAAUAUAUCCUUUUGAUCAUGUGGCUAAGAAGUACAUUGAUCAAAAGGUCGAGCUAGAUAGUGGGACAAAAACAGAAGAUUAUUUGGAGAAUCUUGAUAAGGCUCUCAAGGUAGCACAAAGUAGAUUUCGGCCCCAGUUGAUUGUGUAUAAUGCUGGAACUGAUAUCCUACAUGGUGAUCCUUUAGGCAGACUAAAGGUUAGUCCAGAGGGUGUGGCUAUUAGAGACGAACAGGUUUUUAGAUUUGCAAAAGAUCAGAAUAUUCCUAUCCUCAUGCUGACAUCAGGAGGUUAUAUGAAGUCGAGCGGUCGAGUUAUAGCAGAUUCGAUUAUCAACCUAUCGAAAAAAAACCUGAUAGAUAUAGUGAAUCUAUUUAGUCUCGAAGUUAUUUAGGAGAAAAGUCCCCAUGAACUGUGGCUGAGAGCUACCCCGGUCUGGUCUUUGGCAUGUAGCUUUUGCCCUCUCCUAUCUGGCGCCUUGCUUGACCCAGGAAGAAAGCUUGCGCUAGCAUUGCAAAUCUCCAACGUCUAUCUGCCGGAUGAUCUGGUGGAGUACUGGAGUCCCACUCCUUGACGUCAACCCUCCUCCAAGAGCAAGGAAUGGGUUUGCCCCUGACGUGCCCUGAGACAGUUCUUUCUUUCUGGUACCCUUCUCCAAUGGAAAGUCAAAACUGCAGGACUUCCAGGAAUGUUCACAGUGUUGGGAUCUGGGAAGCCUCUGGAGUUCUUGGUUGAUCUUUAUGAUGUAAUUGUGAGCUCAUCUACAUCAAGUGCGUGCAGACAUCUUUAUUUGUCAUUUGACCGGAAU